AUAUAUAUAUAUAAACCAAAUCCUUUUCUCUCCAAAUCCUUCCUCAACCAAAACACUCCACCACCCAAUGGUUCCACCACCGCCGAAUGCCCAACAAAUCGAACAAUUGCUGUCCUCCGUCCUCUCUCAACGCGGCCCUUCCUCCCUCCCUUACACUGAAGAAACUAAAUGGCUAAUCCGCCAAAACCUCAUUGCCAUCACUUACCACUACCCUUCCCUCCAACCCAAAACCGCCACUUUCACUCACAACGACGGUCGAUCCGUUAACCUCCUCCAAGCCGACGGCACCAUCCCCAUGCCUUUCCAGGGUGUCACUUACAACAUCCCGAUCAUAAUCUGGCUUAUGGAAUCUUACCCUCGCCACCCGCCUGUUGUCUACGUGAAUCCCACGCGCGAUAUGAUCAUCAAACGUCCGCAUCCUUGCGUUACUCCGUCGGGGUUAGUUUCGAUCCCUUAUUUGCAAAAUUGGAUUUAUCCAAGUUCUAAUCUUGUCGAUUUGGUCCUUAAUUUAAGCUCUGCUUUUUCCCGCGAUCCCCCGCUUUAUUCCCAACGUCGACCAUAUACUAACCCAAACCCUAAUCCGAGCCCUAGCCCUUCGAUGAAUUCCUCCAUGACGUCUAGUUAUGGGCAUCCUCCACCACGGCCAAGGGUUGCUGCUGCGGCGGCGGGGUAUCCGCCUUCACCUUAUGGGAGGAUACAGGUGCCACAGCCGUCGCAACCUCCUACUUCACAGACGGAUGAUGCGGCAGAGGUUCAUAAGAGGAAUGCGGUGAAUAAGUUGGUGGAGAUGGUUCAUGGUGAUAUAAAUGGGAUGAGUAAAGCAAGAGAGGUUGAAAUGGAAGGGUUGUUUUCAGCUCAGGCAGUGUUAAGAAGGCGAGAGGAAGAGAUUAAUAAAAGGUUGAAAGAGAUGCAAGAUGAAAAAGAAGGGUUAGAACAGCAGUUACAGGUUGUUUUGAUGAACACUGAUGUGUUGGACGGUUGGGGUAGAAAUAAUGAAGGGAAAACGAAGAAGCUAGGGAAGAAUAGUGUGGAUGUUGAUGAGGCGUUUCAUUGCGGUGACGUGCAUUCUAAGCAAAUGUUGGAUUGCACAGCUGCUGAUUUAGCCAUUGAGGAUGUGGUUUAUUCAUUGGAUAACGCAGUGCAAGAAGGGGCUGUGCCAAUUGAUCAAUAUUUGAGGAAUGUGAGGUUGUUGUCAAGGGAGCAGUUCUUUCAUAGGGCUACUUCUGUGAAAGUUAGGGCGGCUCAAAUGCAGGCUCAGGUUGAUAGUAUGGCUGCUAGAGCACCAUAUUAUGUCACAUGACUGGUUAUUGUUUUGUUUUGGGAUCUGUCUAUAAAAGGAUCAUGUUAUGGAAGUUAGCUUCUAGCCAAUAUUUGAUAUUAUCAUGAUAUAGCUGCCUUUUUUGUUUACAUAAUUAAAUUUAUGUUUCUUAUUAUAGAUAUGUAUUAUUCAUAUAAAAAAAAUAGCACUUUGAUGUUAAUAAUGUGCUCAUGUUUUUGGUUCAUACCCUUUUCUCUUAUUUCUGUUGUUUUUUUUUUUUUUUUAUAAUGAAUUUGGGUUCUUUGGCACAGUCGCAUUGUUGAAAAAGCUGAAAUAGAAUUGUCUACUAUAUCUGUUGGUAUUUUGUUUCUUGUCAUUGAGAAGUCGUUCAUAAUGUAGGAAAGGUCAUGUGUAAUACUCAGGAUGCCUGUUUAUUUUGAAGGUUCAACAAGUGAAGAGUAGAG